GGCUGUCGUUCAUGACAGCCCUGGCCAGUCGCAGGCAUAAUACGGCAACCACCACGGACAGUUUGCCAACAUGCGCGGCAUAACUGGCGCAAUUCCUCAAGCGGCAAUUUAUAGCAAUUGCGUAUUUUACAGCGGUACCAGGCCUUAUGGAGUCAGGUGACCGCCCUUCUGUCGUUCCCCUUCCUAACUUGAGCCGCGAGGACAAGGCGUGGCUAAGCAGGAAGUACCACAAGCGCGUCAGGACUGCUACCAAUGCAGUACUUGGCAUAACGUUUGUUAGCUGCUUACUGUUCGAUUGGGAUACCUACCUGGGCACCGACAAACACGUCUUUAGCAGCAUCCGUCCUACUGUCCGGCGAGCGCUAGACCAUCUCUACGGUGUUUCUGACGAUUCAGCAGAAAAGCGACGGGGUGCUUGAAUCGACUGUUGCUGGCGGCGGCGGCGGAGCCUGAGACAACCCGCAGAUCCGUUCCUUCAAGCAAGAUAGCAACAAUGCUUGACGUGUCAGCAAAGGAGUUUGUGCCAGCGGCCGUUUGCCGCGUGGUGUCGUCAGCAUGCGCCGGAGUUGAACCAUCCAUCGCAACCCCCAAGGACACUAGCGGCACAAGCGCCACCACAGCAGCUAAACCCAAUAGCAAUAACAAGGGUACCAGCAACCAGAGUGGCUCCGGCUGCGGUGCCAAGCCGCAGCUAAGCAUUACAGCACCGGCGUUUGUUCCACAAGGGGUCCCCGUCCCUGUUCCCUGCCCUGAUGCCUCGGAUCCCCUACCUCGCACCCUGCCACCGCCCAGCAACAACAGGACGGCGGCCCCUAGCACCAGUCCCGACAGCAGCAGCAAAGACGCGACCUCACGCGCUGCUGCGCAAGGCAAGGCGGCAGAGAAGUCCGCAGCGGCUGCUACCGAUGAGACUGAUGGAUGGGAGGCCGGCUGCCAGUGGGGAGGUUUUGGGACGGCUGUCGCAGAGGGAGGCGAACUAAGCCCUGCAAUCGAUUCCAACGCGUACGACGGUUACGAGUACGCAUACGGCGCGUACGACGAGUACGGCAUGCCGUACACUGGCGCUUACGUGGGCAGCGACGGCAUGUACUACACGGAUGGUUGCAGCUAUGACCCUUCUGCUUACGAUGGAAGCUGUAAUGUACCGUACGACGCCUACCAGCAGCCCAUUUAUUACUGGGAUGAUGCGUCAUCAUCGUACAUGUACGGCAGCAGCACUGAGGGAGCGUACGGCAAUGCCGAUGGAAGCUACCUGCCCGCAACCCUGAUGCCCCUCCAAGGCUACGACUAUCCCCAGCAAGCUUCCUCCCAGCCUCCCAGGGAUGCACCACCGCACCCCUCCUCACGUCGCCCGCAGCAACGAGGCACUGCCACCUCCGGCCGCGGUAACAGCCGCAUCCGCGACACGACCCACAUCACUACCGCCAACGGUAGCAGCAGCAGCCACCAGCCUUCUGCCGGUGCUGCCCCUGCCCCUGCCCCUGCUACUCCCGAGGAGGCGGAGGCUCUGCUGGCAGCGGCGGAGGCAGCAGCGGAGGCGGCGGAGGCGGCCGAGGAGGAGGAGCUCCAGGAACUCCUAGGCGGGCUGGACGCCUCCAGCCUGCUUGCCGCCGGGCUACUGCCCCUCAACAAAGGAUCAACAGCAGCAGCAGGAGGCAGCACAGCCGAAGGCGCCGGGGGCGCUGCUGGUGCUGCUGCUCCUGCCGCGGCCGCCGCCAGCGCGUCCUCUGCAGCCGCCAGCGUCGCCGCCGAGGAUGACGAUGAUGACGAGGACGCCCCGCACGUGCCGCAUGGUACGGCAUUGAAGAUCCUGGAGCUGUUUUUCCCGCACUACGCCACAGGGGCGUUACGGAAGCUGCUGUACCGACAUGCGGGGGAUCUGGCGGCGUCGUAUGGAGAGCUAGCGGCGCUGGAGCGGCAGCUGGCGGCGGAGGGGGUCAUCGUGGGUGGCGGCGGCGGUGGAAACGGGCAGCGGCCUCAGCAGCAGCAGGUUCGAUGGAUACCCCGUGUGGGCGAGGGUGCGGGUGCGGUGGCCCAGCUUGUCGGCAGCCUCAAGAAGAACUUCCGGUUGGAUCCCGAGGCCUUCCCCACACUCUCGCCUUCCAGCAGCCCCCAAGUCGCCCGGGCUCCCAGCCUCCCAGCCGAGAAGACCGCCCAGGACGAAUCCGCACCCGAUGGCGCCGCCUCCGUCGCCUCCUCCGCCCCAACUGAGGCCUCACAGCCUGCCUCCGCUUCCGCAACCGCCCGCAUUCCCGCGCUGCCUUCACCCUCCACCUCGCAUCCCGGCAAACUCAACUACGCAGCGCUUCUCCGCACCUCCGCCGCCGCCUCCAGCUCCUCAACUACCCCAGCCCAGCCUCAGCAGCAGCCCCCCGCUACAUCCGCCCUCGCGGCUACAACGCGCGCUGCUGUAAACGGAAACACCCGCGGCGGCUCCGGUGGUACGGCAGGGGAUGCCGUACCGCGGGUGUCUACAGGCGAGGCGGUUGCGGCGCAGUAUGCGGAGGCUCGGCGGGAGGCGGCGAUGCUGGCCCGGGCUCGCAACCAGUACUUUCAGCAGGCCACACUGGCCUACCUGUCGGGCAACAAGGCGCUAGCCAAGCAGCUAGGUCGCAAAGGCCGGGAGGCGAACGAGGCCAUGAAGGCUGCCCACGCCGCAGCCGCCCGCCGCAUCUUCGCUGCCAGGAAUGGCGGCCGCAUGCCGGGGGAGCUAGCGUCGCAGCAGCACUCGCGCAAGGCGGCGGGCGAUGGCGCGGCUGCUGCUGCUGCUGCUGGUUCCAAGAGGCGCGGUGCGGGCCCGGCAUGUCUGUUUGUGGACCUUCACGGGCUGCAUGCAGCGGAGGCGGUGGCGGCACUUGAGGAGCAGAUUGCGGCGGCGAGGGCGGCUGGGUGCGCCUUCAUGCGUGUCUGCACGGGCACGGGCAGCCACACCAAGGGCGCCAAGACCCCUGCCCGGCUGCCCGCUGCUGUCGCCGACACGCUGCUGGCACACCACAUCACCUUCAAGACGCUAGAACCCGGGCUGCUAGAGGCUAAGCUGUGAGAGGCAUCACUACGAGCGAGGGAAAGAAGCAUUGAGGAGGAAGAGGGGUGGGAACCAAGGAGGAGGAGACGUGAAGGCGGAGGCGUCGAAGCGGAGGUUUGGAAGGCGAAGUGAUGGGCGCAAGACUUGCUCUGCUUCUGGGGUUUCGCCGCCUCGUAUCAAUUCCUUAAUUUGUUCUGCUGGGUUGCGUUUUGCUCCAACAGCAGCACCUGUAAUCUUACCACGGCGGAAGUUAGUCGACAAGAUGAGAGACACUUUUCUUAGGCUGCGGCAUGGCGUGCGCAUAACCGCACUUGCGGGAUGUGGGUCGGUGAGCCGGAGGUGUCCAUGAUGUGAGGAACAAGCUGGCCGCGCAUGGAGGCCUGUGAAAGGGGAAUGUAGGGCUGCCAGUCAUGUACUUUCCGCGCAGCUGGGCUUUUUGCAAGGGCGGAUGAGAAGGAGUUGAAGUGUUGUCGAUACCAUGCGAGUGUUUGCUGGAUAUGCUAAAGCCUGGAUGCACAAGGGGCGACUAGUGCGCGUAUGGCGCCGUGGCGGACGUGCGCAUGCGCUCUUUGUAGGGUUCUUUCGGUGUUGGGGAGAAGAAAAUCAUGAUUAUAGUUGCAGAUGCGGUUGCAUUCAUGUGCGGGGGUGGUUUCUCUGUGUUUUGACCCAGGAGUACUCCCAGAUUGCCUGCAGCUGAAGGAUGCAAUAAGAAUGGACUUGGUUUUUACGGGAUGGGCGCUAUAUGUGGGAGGCUGUGGAGGUGGCCGUGUUAUACAGAGUACAUGCAAAGCAAAGACAAGGGCGUAUGUAGCUGCAUAGGAGACUUGCGAGGUGGUCUUAGGUAGUACACAAGCUACACAACACUUGUCGGUUCAGCUGAAUGGUUUUAAAACUGCAGACGUUCUUAAGUUUCGGGCAUUCAAGGGCUUCCCGUAG